CGCUGCCCCCAUGACGAAGCCCAAGGUCGAGAAGACUGUGCACGGCGGGCUACAGGCCCCAACCGGCCAGGACGCCAACGGCAUCACCGUCGGCGGGUGGUCCAGCCCUGUCAUCCCCGAUGAGCCCGAGAGCUGCAUGGCCUCCAACUUUAACGUGGAGAUCUGCUGUCCGUGUUUGCCCCUGGCCCAGAUCGAAGUGCGGCUCGGACUAACGUCCUACGGCUCAGCCCUGACCUGGUACUCGGUCGCCUACGGCCUGCAGGGCCUGGCCGUCGCGGCCAUGUGGGUCUUCGUGGCCCUGUGGAUCAACUCGCAGGCGUACCGAGAUAGCACGAGUGUUGUGCUGCGCCUUGUGCUCGUCCUGGCGGCCGUCGCGUUGGCCGCGCUGCCGUCACUGCUGCUGGUGCAGCGCAUCUCGACGCUGCGUGCGGCGGUGCGCGAGCGCUUCGACAUUCCAGGCUCACUGCGCGAGGACCGCACUGCGGCCUGGCAGGAGACUUCACGCGCCAUCCGGCAGAUGCGCCGACACCUCAAGAUCGACCGGGCCAAGAGCUGCGGCCCGGUGAGCACGCUGCCGGCCUAUGUAGUGUAAGUCAUGGGCCUCACAG